AUGCAAUUGAAUUUAUACUCUAAAGACUUAAAACAUAGUGUUGAUAAAGCAUCUACUUAUAAGCUACUGCAAUUGACACCAGAAUUAUUAGAAUAUAUUAAUAAAAGGGAAGACAACAAACCAACAAACAACGACCAGCGAAUUUAUUUAAAAUCAAUGGAUAGAUCUAAUAGUGAUGUAGUACUGGUUACAGAUAGAAAUACUUUUGUACUCAGACAGAAAAUGCAUUCAAACACAGUUUUGCUGAUGGAAAAUAACAAAAAUAAUGGUUCGGAUUAUAACGUGUUUUCGAAACAAAAUUUUGAACUAGAAUUAUUAAAAAGUGAGGGGAAAAUAGAUAUUUCGUUAUUACCAAUAUUACAUAGAAAUAAAAAGCUCAUCGUGGAUAACAAGAGUAAACUUCAUUUGACCUUGGACGAAUUUAUAUCUAUUUCGCCUUGUUCAGUUACUGAAUUUUAUCGCCAAUGGUAUAAAUUUGGAGGGUGCAUAACUACGGAUGGUGGCAUUGCCUGUUUAUUAUCUAACGAAUAUAUUUCAGAAGUCUUACAUAUUCUGCUUAAUUGUAUUAUUAUUGGGAAUGAUGCAGUAUUCAGGGACCUAACACUUGAGCAGUGCCAAGAGUUUAUUUCUAAAGAAGUGAAUAAUGAAGGAAUGAGUAUAGACAAAGAGGUUAUUCACACUAUUUUAGAGAAAUUUGGGGACUCCACUGGUCUCAUUACAAGUAACAGCGAUGAUGCUGGCACAAAAAGUUAUGCACUAAACACUUUUGAAAUAGCCAAAUGGUAUGGCAUUAAAAGUUUAAGAAAGUUCUGUUCCAAACAAUACUUGUCAAUUGAGGAUUUUCUAAUUAAAUGGAAGUCACAAUUUCCACCAUACUUUCCUUGUGACAUAGACUUGACAAUGCUUGUUGGAUUUUAUGUUAAGGAUAUAAAUAGAGAUAGAAUAUCAUAUUUGGAUAAAAAUGGGUUAUCUGGUAACAUCAAGCAAAGAUUUAAAGAGCUUUUUAAACUACAAAAUACAUGGAAUGAAUCUGAAAUUUGGCCAUUUAUAGAACAAUUAAAUACAUUAAAUUUGAAACCUGAAUCCUUUAUUAUGAAAUAUGCACGUAGGAAAAGAAUAAAGAAAAACAAAUAUGUAAUUACGAGUAGGUGA